AGUCCCUUAAGAUUGCUUGUUCAUGUUUACAUUUUUAUGUUUCUUAGGUUAUAUUUGAACUUCAAAGUUUCUAUGCAGUUCUAUUUUCAUUAGGAAUUCUUGGAAGUACUCUUAUUUUAUUAAAGGUCUAUUUUUUCCUCAGUAGCAUUGUACUCAAGUUAUUUUUGUUUAUAAACCUAUGUUAUUUGCCUUUUUAGAAUAUUGUUUUCUAAGCUAUCUGCUCCCUUUUUGGUGUUAAAUCAUGUGUGAUUCUGAUUGUGGCUCCUGGAUAUUUUAAUUCUUUCUUUCUAGCUGUCUACAGUAUUUUAGACCUGGGAGCUCUGGAUUUUUACUGUUUCUGGGAAUUUUUACUUUAUUUUAUCUUAUUUUCCAGGAGAUAACCAGGUAUUCUUUCUAUUUCCACUUUGCUCUCUGGUUCCUGAGACAUCUGGGCAGUCUUCUUUUAAGAUUCAACAAUGACAUUCAAGUAGUCCAAUGAUUUAAACAUUUUUUUCUCCUAGAUCUUUUUUUUCCAGGUCAGUUGUUGCUAUGAGAUAACCUUAGAUUUUCUUCCUCUUCUUUUUUUCCCUUUUAACUUUGUUUUAAUAUUUCUUAUUGUCUCAUGGGGUCAUUGACUUCUGUUUGAUCCAUUCUAAUUUUCAAGGACUUUUGUUUUGCACUUCUUGUGCCAACCUGUUUGCAAUUCUUCCAUAGCUCUCAUUUCUUUUCUAUUUUUUUCGUCAAGCUCUCAUUUCAUUGACAAAAACAUUUUUAAAAAAAAUUGUACAUCUUUUUCAGUGAUUCUAGUUGAAUUUGUGGCUGCAUUGUUUUUCUUUAAGUCUUUGCGUAUAGAUUUUUUUGAGUCAUUCUCUUUUGGGUUUGUGUCUAGAGCAUCUCUGUUUUUUUUAAUGGUGGGAUUCUUUUUGGUUUGCUCAUUCUUCCAGUGUAUUUCCUGACUUGUGGACUUGAUAUUAUAAUCUAGACUCUUUGUGUUUUUGGAGGGAAGGUCUGAGCUGAUCCUGUGGCUGAUUUCUUGAGGGUACCAUUAUAAUAAUAUUAGCUAGCACAUAUAUAGCACUAACAAGCUUGCCAAGUGCCUUAUGAAAUACUUCAUUUUAUCCUCACAACAACCAUGGGAGGUAGGUACUUUAUUUGGUUUAUGUGGGACCUUUCAUUUUGUCUUUAUUCUUCCUGGGCUAUGUUCCUAGUACUGGAAUAUAAGAUCAUACUUGGAUCUCCAGGUGUGGACAUUUCAAUAAUUAAUUUUUUUAGUAUGCUUUCAAAUUGUUUUCUUGAAUGGUUGGACCACUUUACAAUUCCAUCAGCAGUGUAUUAAUGUAUGUCUUCAUCUUCUUCAACACUAUUACCUUGUUUUGUCAUUGCAAUUUACUGGGUGUUAGAUAAAAACUUAGAGUUGUUUGGGUUUCUUUUUUUUUAAUAGUGAUUUGGAAGUCACUAAUAUGGUUGUUAAUAUUUUGUCAUUUUUAUUUUGAGAACUUUUCAUUUAUAUUCUUUGACUACUUGUCCAUUUAGCAUGGCUUUUGUUCUUAAUGCAUUUGUGUUACUUUCCUAUAUAUCUUCCAUAUCUGACCUUUAUCAGAGAUAUUUGAAGUAAAGAUUUUUACCCAUUUUUGCUUCAUUUUCUAGUUGUGGUUUUGUCAGUGAAAAAGUUUUUUAAUUGUAUGUAAUUGACAUUGUCUUCCUACUUUUCCUGAUUGCUCUGUCCCCUGUUUAGUUAAGAACUUUCCCUACAACCAUUGCUUUCUUUAAAAAAUUUAUCUAUUGGGGGCAGCUGGGUAGCUCAGUGGAUUGAGAGCCAGUCCUAGAGACGGGAGGUUCUGACACUUCUCAGCUGUGUGACCCUGGGCAAGUCACUUCACCCUCAUUGCCUAGCCCUACCACUCUUCUGCCUUGGGACCAAUACACAGUAUUGAUUCCAAGAUGGAAGGUAAGGGUUUUAAAAAAAAUUAUCUAUUACAUUUUGAGUUCUGAGUUUUCUCUUUCCCUUUAUCAUAAAAUUAGAAUAUUCAUGUAUGUGUGUAUAACCAUACAAUUCAUAUUUCCAUAUAUCAGUUCUUUUUCUGGAAGGGGUAACAUUUUCCUUCAUAAAUCUUUUGUAGUUGAUUUGAAUGGUUGUAUUACUCAGAAGAGCUUAGUCAUUCACAGUUACUCUUCAAAUAAUGUGACUGUUGCUGUAUACAAUGUUCUCUUGGUUCUGCUUAUUUCACUCUCCAUUUCAUAUAAAUCUUUUCAUAUUUUUUCUAAAAUCAACCUGCUUCCCAUUUCUAACAAUGCAAUAACAUUCCAUCAUAAAUAAAAAGAAAUUUUCCUAAAUUAAAAACUUAAUAAUCAACAGAUAGACAUUUAUAUAUUAAAAAACCAAAAAAGGGGAUUGUACAUGGAAUUGAACUUUUGUGGUUUGUUUCCCCAUGCAUUCAUUUUUUACAUUAUUCUUUUUUUAAAAGAUUUUUAAAAUAUUUGUUUUUACAUUGCCUAGAUUUCCCCUUGUAUCAUUCCCUUCCUUCCCCACAGAACCAUUCUUUAUAUAACAAAGAAUUUUUUUUUUUAAGAGAAAGAAGAGGAAAAAAUACAGCAAAACUGGUCAACACUUCGAAAAAAUCUAACAUACGCAAUGAUUCACACCCUUGGACCCCAACCUCUGCAGAGGAGCAGGGGGACGGGGGAGAGGUACAGAAUGAGCACAUGUCGCUGGUGUACACCAGGUGGUGAAUCCACUGUUGACUUCCUAAAGAGCUAUGCUUUUGGGACUCUUCCCUGUGAAAUUCUCACAGCUAAUGAGGACCUCUGUUACUGCUUGGAGUGUGUGGCUGAAUACCACAAAGCAAGAGAUAAACUACCUUCUUUGCAUGAGAUUUUAUGGGAUUUUGAAACCUCUCGUCUCAUAAAUCAUUUUGAAAAAUCCAUGAAAGGAGAAAUUGAAGAAGAUGAUGAACUAUUUAUAGUCGAUGACAAUGGUGAAACACAACUGUUUGGUUUCACUGGCCAAGACUUUGAAAACAAGCUUCGAGUUCCUCUUCUUGAAAUACUGAAAUACCCUUAUCUGCUCUUACAUGAGCAUGUCAAUGAAUUAUGUGUUGAAGCACUUUGUAGGAUGGAGCAAGCUAAUUGCUCCUUUCAGGUAUUUGACAAACAUCCAGGGAUUUAUUUGUUCUUGGUACAUCCCAAUGAAAUGGUUCGACGAUGGGCUAUUCUAACAGCCAGAAACUUGGGGAAGGUAGACAGAGAUGAUUACUAUGAUUUACAGGAAGUAUUGACUUGCUUAUUUAGAGUUAUUGAAUUGGGGCUUUUAGAAAGUCCAGAUAUUUAUACUUCUUCAGAAUUUGAGAAGGGUAAACUUGUCCUUUUGCCAUCUCAUAUGUAUGAUACAAACAACUACAAAAACUACUGGUUAGGAAUCUGUAUGUUGCUAACUAUUCUUGAGGAGCAAGCCAUGGAUUCUUUGUUGCUGGGCUCAGAAAAGCAAAAUGAUUUUAUGCAAUCAAUACUUCAUACUAUGGAGAAACAAUCAGAUGAGGACAGUGUAGAUCCUUUCUGGCCAGCAUUGCACUGCUUCAUGGUGAUUCUGGAUCGUCUGGGCUCAAAAGUCUGGGGUCAACUUAUUGAUCCCAUUGAAGCAUUCCAGACCAUUAUUAAUAAUGUGAGCUACAAUAAGGAAAUUCAAAAUAUACGCAACAGUUCCACAAGGACCAAGUUAGAACCUGAAUCAGAUUUGGAGGAAAUGGUGACUUGCAGCCAGAUUGUGUACAAUUAUAAUCCCGAAAAAACCAAAAAGGAUUCAGGAUGGAGAUCAGCUAUUUGCCCUGAUUACUGCCCUAACAUGUAUGAAGAGAUGGAAACAUUAGCCAGUGUACUUCAGUCUGACAUUGGACAAGACAUGCGUGUUCAUAACAGCACGUUUCUUUGGUUUAUCCCUUUUGUUCAGUCCCUCAUGGACCUCAAGGAUUUGGGUGUAGCUUACAUAGUGGAGGUUAUUCAUCAUCUAUAUUCAGAAGUCAAAGAUGUCCUCAACCAAAAAGUAGCAGUGUGUGACACAGUCACUGAGUUUUUCCUUCUGAUACUAGUGUCAGUAAUUGAACUGCAUAGAAAUAAAAACUGUUUGCAUUUGCUGUGGGUUAGUUCUCAGCAGUGGGUAGAAGCUGUAGUGAAAUGUGCUAAACUUCCUACCACAGCAUUUGCACGGAGUGCAGAAAAGACAGCUGGAAGCUACUCCAAAGGAACAAAUGUAAUAUCUUCUUUGCCUUUGCAUCAAAUUCCAUCUAAUUCUGUACAGCUUGCUUGUGUGCAGCUAAUUCGAAGUCUUCUUAGAGAAGGAUGCCAGCUUGGACAGCAAACUCUUUGUAAACAGUUCUUAGACAAGCUCAACUUGUGUCUGAGGGGAAAUUUGUCCCUUGGUUGGCAUUUAAAUAGUCAGGAGACCCUUGAAUUACAAACAUGUUUGAAACAAAUCAUUAAAAACAAAAAGGUCAAAGGAUUGCCAUGUAGCACUUUUGUGGAUAGGACUGUAGCAUGUAAAACUCCCCCUGCAAUUUAUAUUAAGGAAGAAAAUGAUGUACCUGUGGAGAGAUCAAAAAGGGAUACAAGUUCUCAGGACAGUUCUAGUCCAUCAUUUUCUAAGGAACCUUUGAGAGCUGAUGUCUAUCGAACACAAGAGAGUCCAUCUCUAAGAAGAAGUUAUAGUUGGGAGGAGGAAAAUAGACAAACAUACUUGAAAGAGUCAAAAUUAGAUGACCUUUUUUCAAAUAAAUCAUGCUUAAAGCAAGAAAAAGCCCCUGAUGCUAAAAGUUCUCAUAAUCAUGAAAUUUUGGAUAAUGCAGAAAAAGAGAAAGAUACUUCAGAGAACAACUCUCCAAAUACACACCUGGAUUUGGCUUCAAGAAAUAAUUCAAUGGAAGGGGGAUAUGACAGAACAACAAAUAUUCAGACAUGUUUAACAGUGACUGACUCUAGAUCUGAUUCUCCCCAAAAUGUAUCAAGCUCAAGUGAUGAUUCUCGUUCCAAAAAUGAUUCUGGCUUUAAGAACUCAAAGUUUAGGACUAAAGCACAGAAGGAUGAAUUAUGUGCAAAACUAUUACAGGUAAUGAAGGAACACAAAAAAACGACCAUGGUUUCCAGUGUUAAUAAUUUAGAAUCAAAACAGAGUUCAUCCAUUUUGGGGAGUCAUAAUCCAUGCAAAGAUGUGGAGAUUCAGAAAGGGUUUGCCUUAAUACAAAAUGCACAGUCAGAGCCUUGUACUACUUCAGAGGAUACAAUAAAUGAAGAAGAAUCAAGAAAUGAUAAUUCAUUGCUUAUAAGGAAAAAAUCAGAUGCUAGGCAGCUAGAUCCUUUAACAUUUCAUAAAAACAAUUAUCUAUCACAGGAAAGUGAUAGUGAUGAUGAUGAUGAUGAUGAUGAUACUGAUAAUGAUGAUGAUACUGAUGAUGAUGAUGAUGAUACUGAUGAUGAUAUGGUUUCACUUAAAACAAUUAGAAAUACCUUACUGAAAAAGAAAUGUCAGCUUAUAAAUCAGCCAGACAGGCAUGAAUCAAAGGACAGUAACUAUGAGGAAGAUAAUGGUACUGAUCAUGUUCCAUGUAAUUUGGCAAGAGAGGAAGUGCCUCCUCAGAAUUUUAAAUUUAGCACCUUAACAGAUUCUCAAGUAGAUAAAGACCUGGAUAGAUUGCCUUUCAUUGCCCAUAUUAGUGUUCUUAAUUUCCCUUCAGAUUCAACUCCAGGAAGUUCUUACCAGCUACAGAAAAAAGACAAAGAUGUUUUAAGAUAUUCUCCAGUUAGCCAAAGUAAUGAACCAACCUCUGUUGUAGAAAGCACUAGAAAUCAAGUUAUAAUCAUUUCUGAUUCAGAUGAUGAUGAAAGGUCACCAAAUCUUCAGAAACAAAUGAAAAAAGAUAAAAUAGACAUUAAAAGAGAAUUUCCAGAAGAGUACCCUUCAACUUCAAAUACCAUUUUGGAAAACAAACUAGAAAAAGAAGAAAAAACAAAAUCUCCUUUGCUGGUUGAGGAAUCUGAUUCACAGUUUUUUGAGUUUGAAACUCCACAUGAAGUAUUUUCUGUUUGGCAAGAUUCUGAAACAGAGAGCAAACAUUCUCUUCAGGAAAGUGAACCAGAACAAGACUCCUUUUUGACUUCAACAGGUGAGAGUGGAUUAGAUGAUCAGACAAAUGACUGGGGUUAUGAUACAGAUUAUAUAUCUGAUGAAGUUAUUCAGAAGGUAGCAAAAACUCUUGAAGAACAUUUAGACUCACAGUGUCAUGUUUUUCCUAAUGAGAAAUUUCAAACUGAAUCAAAAACUAAGAAACAACCAUAUAAUGCACCUAUGGCUGAAGAUCUUUCAUCUUGUUUAAGAAAUGCAGAAAAACCUAUUAUUUGUAUUUCUGGGGAUCUUACUGAAGAGCACAUUGAAAAUGUAGAUGAGGAGAAGAAAGAAUCUACAUCUACUCUUUCAGCAUCACCUAAUUUAAAUUUUGAAAUUUCCUCUGAAGAAUCAAGCAAACAGAAUUCUCCUCAAUCUCUUUCCAGUCCAAAACUCACCAAAAAAAUGCCACUUUCUAAAAAUUCAAAAAAAAUCAACAUUAACCCCCCAAGGAGGCAGAACAAAAAAAAUAAUCAAACUAGUCCUAAAAAGAUACUUUGUAGAACAAUGCCUGCUGUGAUUCCUCCAAAGAAAUUUCGCCAGUGUCCUGAACCAACCUCAACUGCUGAAAAACUUGGUCUGAAGAAGGGGCCUCGGAAAGCAUUUGACUUAUCUCAGCGAUCUUUAGAUUUUGUGGUAAAGUUACGUGAUCAUGGAAAAACUGCAGGUGAAGUUGAUACUCAGCAGAAGAAGAAGACGACAAAAUUAAUUACUCCACAGACUCUGGUUGUCAAAAAUAACAAGAAAAUGUUGGCAUGUCAAGAUCUUCAGUUUUUGAGACAGAUAAGACCCAAGUCACACAAAAAUCAACAAGCACUUUCUGCCACUCAUAGUAAAGAGUCUUCUCCAAAGACAGUUACAAAACCAGCCCAGAAUUCUGAAGCUAUUAUUCAAGCAUCUUCUGGACCCAGUGACAAUUUUAAGGAAAAAAAUAAACAGGCCUCAGGCACUGAUACAAAGCAGUCAAGAAAAAGCUCAUUUUCUGGGACAGAAACAGUCAAAGCAAAAAGUCUAACACAGGUUCCUAAUGAUAGUCCUCAUUCUACCAAACCUGGUUGUACAGAAUUAAAUGUAAGAGUGGAAACAACUGAAGCCAGUAUCUCUACUUCAAAGAAUCAUUCAUCCAACUCAUCUUCUGUUGGAGGCGAUUUAACAGGGGUCGUCCAACCAUUACCUUGUUUACAUUCUGAGGGGAUAUCUUUUAGAGAAGAUGAGUCUGAUGUUAACAGUGAUACAGAGGAAAAUAAUUUGUUUUUAACACAACAUGAUCCUGUAGAUAUGGAAUUAAGUUCACAAGUAGAGAGUUUUAAUGACUUUGAAGUUUCUAUUGGAAAAGAUACAGUAGAAAUGGAGGAAGGUCCUAAAAACUUCACUGCAGACAGAGCUUUGAGUAAUAUAAAAUGUAAGCACAAAGAUUGCACUAACACUGUGGAAAAUCAGGGUGAAUAUUGCUCUCUACAUUCUGAAGCUAAAGUAUCUGAUGACCAUGUUUUUGUUAAACCAGCCUUGCCACUUUCACUGUCUAACAAAGCUAUAAAGUCUACUACCAAAAUUUUUAGUUCAAGUAGUAAUUCUCGAAAUGCUCAUCUUUCUAGAGCUAUUGAAAAUAGUUUAAAACUCCUGCCAGCAUCAAAGAAUCAAACAAAUUUGACAGCCACAACAACGCCAAAACUAAUGCAACCAGUCUUUCCAUUAGUUCAAAAACCAAUAUUGAAGGAUGAGGGGAAAAAUUUAUCCAAUAUUCUUCAACCACAGAAUAUGCAGACUUCUCCAAAUUACUUCAAAAGGCCUGCUCCACUGAGCCUCCUUGAGACAAAAAGAACUUUUCAAGCUUCCUCUGCUACAAAUUUUCCUAUACGACAAUCUAUAUUUGACAGUUUUAUUAAGGAGAUCUUAAAAUGGAAAUAUGAAAUGUUUGUGAACUUUGAUCAGUUUGGGCCUCCAGCAAAUCUUUGCCAGGCCAUCUUAAAACCUGUUCCUGUAACAUUUCAAAAUUCUGAAGACUAUUUAAAUGUUUUUUUCCCUUUGCUGAUCCUGAAUACUUUUGAAACAGUGGCUCAAGAAUGGAUUGACAACCCAAAGAAAGGGAACACCUAUGAGCUUCAUUUACGAAGCUUUUCUGCUGGUGACAUAAAUUGUGGGCAGUUUGUGGUUUGCCUUCAGGAGUGUGAUAUGGCUAAACAACUGCAUCCAAAGGAAAAUGAUUUGGUAUUUUUGAUUCCUAAAAAAUUAAAUGGAAAAAAGAAAGUUAUUGAAGAAAGUGAGAUGAAGGAUCAGCAAGUGUAUCAUUGUGGUUAUGUGUCUCAGUUUCGACGCUCUUCAGUCAGGCUCCAUGGUGUAAUGGAAAGAGCACUGGAUUUGGAGUCAGAAGACCUAGGACAUAAUGCACAAUUUGAGGGUUGCCUUUCCAUCCAGACUCAAAGCAAUUUGUCAUUCCACAUAAAUGAAUCAAUAGACUGUAUUGUGAUCAGUUCUUUGGUGACUACACAACGGAAAUUGAAAGCCUUGUCCCUUUUGGGGCGGAAUACAGUGGUUCCACUGGCCAGGGCAAUUCUGAACCCAAGUACUUCAGACUUUUGUCCUCGAGAUUCACUGAACACGGCUCCUGAGAGGAUUCUUACCUACCUGAAAGACUAUAAUGAAGAUCAAAAAAAAGCAAUUGAAGUUGCAUAUGCUAUGGUAAAGCAACCUCCCCUAAUUGCCAAAAUCUGCCUGAUUCAUGGACCUCCUGGAACUGGCAAGUCAAAAACUAUUGUUGGCCUCCUAUACCGAAUUCUGACAGAGAAACCAAAGAGGGGAGAUUCAGAUGAAAACUUGAAUGCCAAAAUCAAACGAAACCGUGUUCUUGUAUGUGCACCCUCUAAUGCAGCUGUUGAUGAACUUAUGAAAAAAAUCAUUCUUGAAUUUAAAGAAAAAUGCCAAGACAAGAAGAAUCCUUUGGGAAAUUGUGGAGAUAUAAAUUUAGUACGGCUGGGCCCAGAAAAAUCUAUUAAUAAUGAAGUCCUAAAAUUCAGUUUGGAUAGUCAAGUUAACCACAGAAUGAAAAAGGACUUGCCCAGUCAUAUUCAGGAGAUGCAUGAGAGAAAGGAACAUUUGGAUGUUAAAUUAGACAAGCUUUCUCGCCAACGAGCUUUGGAUCGAUGUGAAAAAGGGCAGAAGAGAUCAAAUUUAGAUGAAGAAAUUGCACGAAUUUCUAAAGAGAGGCAGCAGCUUGCUUCUAAACUUAAAGAGGUUCGAGGACGCCCACAGGAAACUCAGAGUAGCAUUAUUCUGGAGUCACAUAUCAUCUGCUGUACAUUGAGCACAAGUGGUGGUUUGCUGCUAGAGUCUGCUUUUCGUAGGCAAGGAUGUGUCCCCUUCAGUUGUGUCAUUGUUGAUGAGGCUGGGCAAUCUUGUGAGAUUGAGACUCUUACUCCAUUUAUCCAUCGUUGCAACAAACUUAUUCUGGUUGGAGAUCCUAAACAGCUCCCUCCCACUGUCAUUUCUGUGAAAGCACAGGAAUAUGGCUAUGACCAGUCAAUGAUGGCUCGAUUAUACAAACACCUAGAAGAACAGGUGAAACAGAAUGUGAUCAGUAGAUCACCUGUUUUGCAGCUGACAGUUCAAUACAGGAUGCAUCCUGAUAUAUGUCUCUUCCCAUCUAGUUAUAUUUAUAACAGAACUUUGAAAACAAACAGGUUGACUGAAGAGAGUCGAUGUACAUCAGACUGGCCAUUUCAGCCUUACCUUGUGUUUGAUGUGGGAGAUGGUUCAGAAAGACGGGAAAAUGAUUCAUAUGUUAAUGUCCAAGAAAUAAAACUAGUAAUGGAAUUAAUUAAACUGAUCAAAGACAGAAGAAAGGAUAUUACUAUGCGUAACAUUGGCAUAAUCACACAUUACAAAGCACAAAAGAUGAUGAUUCAACAGGAAUUGGACAAAGAAUUUGAAAGAAACAGACCAGGGGAAGUCGACACUGUGGAUGCAUUCCAGGGUCGCCAAAAGGAUUGCGUUAUUGUUACAUGUGUCAGAGCAAAUGCUUCACAAGGCUCAAUUGGGUUUCUGGCAAGUUUGCAAAGAUUGAAUGUAACCAUUACUCGAGCCAAGUAUAGUCUGUUUAUCCUUGGACACUUGAGGACUUUAAUGGAAAACCAACAUUGGAAUCACCUGAUUCAAGAUGCUCAGAAGCGAGGUGCCAUUAUUAGGACUUUUGACAAGAAUUAUAAGUAUGAUGCAAUGAAAAUUUUGAAACUCAAAUCCAUGCCACAGCGAAGCCUAUCACAUCCUUCCAUGGUAGUGCCAGAAAUUACUAGAUCCCAGAAUAGCUUGCCCAGCAUUAAGCCAAAAGAAGUGAUGAACAAACUGGACAGUGUUAUUUCUAAGACCGCCGCUGUUGCUUCUCCACGGCGUAGCAGCACUUCCUUGUUACAUGCUGACAUUCAGCCCUUUGACUGCAGAGAAGCUACAGUUGUUACAAAAGCUACUGAGGUGCCUAUUGUCCGGGACCCAAGACUAGCCAAAAGAAAUGACCGUGAUGCUGCAGAGAAAUUUCUGGGAGAGACACAACCAUUCAGUAUCCAGCAUCCAAGAGUAUCAGCACCCAUAUGUGAACCUGGCCUUCCUUUAACUCACCAGGACCCCAGCAGUAUCUUACAGCACCUUUUUUCAAAAGUAGCAGCCUCCAACAAUUGCAAUCUGACUGUACAACUUGAAGCUCCCUCUGCAAGUACCUCUGUGCCCACAAACAAAAGAAAAACCAGUGAAGAGGAAGGAUCUGGCUAUGGAAGAGAAGUAACGUCUUCUAGAGAAGGACAAGAAAAGUCUGGGUAUAGGAAGGACUAUCACCCAGAUAGGGACUAUUGCUUGGACAGGAGGAGAAAAGAAAACCAAGACAGUCAUUCAAAAAGAAGAAAACUUUCAUAGCUAAGGUCUUUGAGUCUCAAUGACAGGCAAUAUUUACCAAAAGGAAUAUUUAUUAUAAGAAAUGCAGCUUUGGGUGCUCAGUUAAUAAGAAUAAAGAUGUUAAAUUUAUUUUUAAAAUUGGGGCCAUUCACUUCCCCUAGAACAUGGAAAAUUGUAUACUCAUCUAAACUUAUUUUCUAUUGGUAAUCUUUACAAAUAAGUAUGUUUUUCUGUCUCAGAUUUCAGAGGACUUUUGUGCAUCAAUGAUUAGUGUCCUUAGAGCCAGAUAAAUGAAAUGUUGUUCUAUUGUUCUUUUUUAGAAAAGGAAACCAGACUUGGAUGAAUGUUGUAAAUGUAGAGAUGUACAUUUGUAUAGCAAACAACAAAACCUUUUUAAGAUUUAA